CCGUGACGCGGCUCCGUGAGAGGCUCCGUGACGAGGCUCCGUGAGGCGACUCCGUGACGAGGCUCCGUGACGAGACUCCGUGAGGAAGCUCCGUGAGGCGGCUCCGUGAGGAAGCCGAGGCGUCGUCACAGGUGAUGGCGGAGCCCGGGGUGACGGCGGGGCCGGCGGCGGCAGACGGGCCCGCAGCCGCAGCCGCGCCCGCCCCGCCUGGGCUCUCGGAGGAGCGGGGAGCCCCCGCCGCCUCCGCCCCCGCCCCCGCCCCCGCCCCCGCGGACAGCGGCCCCCCAGCCCCGGUGGGAGGCGGCGGGCGUCGCGGUUCCGUAGCGACCGGAGCGGGGCGGGCGGAGGCCCCGCCCCCUAGCGAAGGCCUGGCAGCGGCGCGGGUGUCGGUGGCGACGGACGGCGGCCUGGAAAAUGGGUGUGGGAGCGCCGGGGCGCGCGGGCCGGGCCGGGGGGGCCCUCCGGGGGCGUCGGACGUGCGGGCCGAGGAGACGGCCCCGGAGCUGCCGGCCCGCGAGGGCCUCGCUUCGGCGGCGGCGGCGGCGGCGGCGGCGGCGGAGGAGGAGGAGGAGGAGGAGGAGGAGCGGCCCAGGAUGGAGACAGACCCGCAGCGAGAGGAAGAGCUGGCCGGGCGGGAGGGUGCCGGGGCGGCCGCGGGGCCCCGACGCUCGAGCCCGGAUGCGCGCAUGAACCCCCUGGAAGCCAUCCAGCUGGAGCUGGACACGGUGAACGCGCAGGCCGACAGGGCCUUCCAGCAGCUGGAGCAUAAGUUUGGGCGGAUGCGUCGCCACUACCUGGAGAGGAGAAACUACAUCAUCCAGAACAUCCCGGGCUUCUGGGCCACGGCCUUCCGCAACCACCCGCAGCUGGCGCCCAUGAUCCGCGGCCGGGACGCAGAGAUGCUGAGAUACGUGACCAGUCUGGAGGUGAAGGAGCUCAGACACCCCAGGGCCGGCUGCAAAUUCAAGUUCUUCUUCCGAAGAAACCCCUACUUCAGAAACAAGCUCCUCGUCAAGGAGUAUGAGGUGAGGGCCUCUGGCCGCGUGGUGUCUCUGUCCACGCCCAUCGCCUGGCGCCGCGGCCGCGAGCCCCAGUCCUUCAUUCGCAGGAGCCAAGACGUCGUCUGCAGUUUCUUCACCUGGUUUUCAGACCACAGCCUCCCAGAGGCCGACAAGAUCGCUGAGAUCAUCAAGGAGGAUCUGUGGCCGAAUCCACUGCAGUAUUACCUGCUGCGCGAAGGAGUCCGCAGGGCCAGGCGUCGCCCGAUCAGAGAGCCCGUAGAGAUCCCCAGGCCCUUCGGAUUCCAGUCCGGCUGAGCUCUGCCGUGGCACGUGGAAGUGUGCCGAGGCCCCCUGCCGGCUCCUGCUGGGCCUGUGCUUGGCCGACACACACGGCCAAGCACAGGCCUUCCUGACGUCGCCACGACCUUUUUCCUCCGGACAUUGAGUUUUCGCAACCUAAGACUGGGACUUUGAAGGCCGCCCUCCGUCCUUUCCACUGGCCGUCGCGCUGCGUGGCCAUGAUUCCCGUCGCUCCUCAGCCAAGCAAAUGAUGCUGUAACUUGCAUUCCCUUUUGCGCGCUGCAUGGACCGUUUGUUUCCAGGGCCUUUGGUCUGGCUCUUGACCGUCUGGAAUUCUAGCUUUGCCUAGGAGCUCAUUCUACCCACCUUGCUCUGUAGUGCAGGCAUGGAGCCUAUGCACACUUGUGGGGCGGAGGGGGCAGCGACGCGCCAGACGCGCCACUUGGUCUCUGAUUUAUGCGACUCCACUGCUCUUCUUGCACCUGUGGUCACCUCCUACUGCCCACUACUGGCCAUGCCCGCCCACCUUGGGCUGCGACCUACUGGGGAAUACCUUGCAGAUUAUUGUUGGCCCCAUUAUGCUGUUUCUGGUCAACAGGAACCCCUAGAACUGCUGGUGGACCCAGGGUUCCUGCCAGCAUACAAAAGACCCUUCUGUUCCUCCCCCCGAAAGAACUCCUUGAUUCCUCAGCCCCUCUUCCCUCCACUUUCAUGAUCUAGAACAAUGUCAAGCUAGUGGUUAAAGUGACAAGUUAGACCUUAUUCUCGUGGCAGGAGCAAGGAUGAUGAUGUCCAUUCUAAGUACCAGGCUUUCUCAGCCUCAACUAUUAAAUUCACACAACACCUAGGUAUACCUCUUGUGCCUCUUCUCCUUACCCUGAAUGUGAUUAAAUGCCAGGAUGGCUGUACACUUUUCCUCCAUCUGUCUCCUGUCUCUUUAGGAAAAAAAAAAGUUAUAUUUCAAAAGCAUCUGCAAAAGCAAGCCUUUUAAUUUGGCUUUAGCUCUUCAUUAUCUAGGGACAGGUGUCCUGUAAAAUAGUCCGCUGGAAGCUCUUCCCUCUGCUCUCUUCCCAACCCUCAGCCCCCUUCAGCGACACCUAGAGGGCUUAAAGGGAGACACAUCUAAAUGAAAGGAAAAAGGAUACCUAGUACGUGGUGGAUGGAAGUAGUAGUUUUGAUGGGUAACCUGUGCGAGGGAAACAGAAGACCACAGUCAAAAAUGAGCAAGAUAAAAAUUGGGCUAAGAUUAAGUAAGACUGGCUGACAGAGCCUUCAAAUUAGAGGUUUUUUUCUGUCAGUAGUAAUGGGAGGAGAAACACUUUUUCUCAGGAUUUUCUUUUUCUUUUUUUUAAAGAUUUUUAUUUAUUCAUGAGACACACACAGAGAGGGGGGGGGCAUAGACAGAGGCAGAGGGAGAAGCAGGCUCCCUGCGGGGAGCCUGAUGUGGGACUUGAUCCGAGACCGUGGGAUCAUGACCUGAGCCGCAGGCAGAUGCUCAACCGCUGAGCCACCCAGGCAUCCCUUUCUCAGGAUUUUCAUGGGAGAAUGGAAGGAGAUUGGGAGUGUUAAAUGUAUUGCGUAGAUAAGAGUUCUUUAAAGAAACAAAGCAACUUUGAGUGCCUUCUCUUGUUUUCAUUUGAUUUAAUUUAUGCAGAAGAUUAAUACUGUGUUGUUAUUUCUCUAGUGUUUAGUAAAAUGACUUUCUGCUUACUGGGGAAAUUUGAGCUGUACGGGCUUUCUUUUUGCUUUCAAUUGGGAAUGGUUGAAAAAAUAACAAUUUUACUUUCUGGUAAGAUACAGAGAUUUACAUGAAAAUGAGAUUUUUUGACUUCUUGUUUCUGUUUAAACUGUAUCCUUAGAAAUAUAAUUUGAAUAAGUUGGUUUUGUCAGAUUCUGAAGACUGGGAAUUGUCUUCAUGGAAAAAAUAACCUACAAGAGAUGUUUGGUUUGAGUGUCUUACUUGAUCAUUUACCCUGGUAACAACUUAGUAAUUGAUGUGUCUUUUUUCCUAAAUAUACUUUGUGAGACUGCUCUGUCAAACUGGAAAUGUACCAUUGGCAUAUUUGUUUUUCCUUAUAUGUGUUGUUGUAAAAUAAAAGCAUGUUACUCUGCUAGA